UUCUCUCUCUCUUCCUGGUUCCUAUAUUCGCGCGUUUGCGUUUAUUUGUUUACUUUAUAUUAAUAUGUGUAUGUGUGACUUUGAUUCUUCACCGGCGAUUUCUCGGGUCUUUUGAUUUGGGGUUGAAUUGAAUUUGCUGCUAAACGAUGACUUUGACUCUUCCUCUCUGCUUUCUACCUAUGAGUUUAAAGAUCCGUGUUACAUUUUGAUCAAGUUCGUCGCUUUAUUUAAAUAAAAUUUGAUCAAUCGAUGCUAAUAUUGAUAAUCGGUUAUGGGUUUUCAGAAAGAUUCAAGCUUUCAAUUUGAAUUACAAUUUUUUUUCAAAAUUUCUUAUUUUUAGGGUUCUUGGCUGGAUAAAAAAGGGUUUAUUGCAUAUACAUAUGAUUAUAUUGAUAAUCGAUCAUGGGUUUUUUGAAAGAUUUAAGCUUUCAAUUUGAAUCACAAGUUUUUCUUAAAUUUCAAAAUUUAGGGUUUAUUGUGAAUAACCUAAUUUUCACCACAUUUUUGACAAAAAAAUAGAUUAUCUUUGUGAGUUUGUUUCUUCACCUGAUUUAUACAAAUGUUUUAAUCAGAAACUUGACCAAUGGCAAUGGACCAAUCCUUUGAAGAUGCUUAUGGAGAACUCUAUGGAGAAGGUGCAUUUUCUUUCAACAACAACACCAAGCCUGACCCAAUCACAACCUCUCUUCCUUCUGAAGAUACCAAUAACGAUUCCAGCUUCGACUGCAACAUUUGCCUAGACUCAGUUCAAGAACCCGUUGUUACUCUCUGCGGCCACCUCUUCUGCUGGCCCUGCAUCCACAAAUGGCUUCACGUACAGACCGAUGAGCACCAGAGACAACAUAAACAGUGUCCCGUUUGUAAAUCCAAAGUCUCUCACUCUACGCUUGUUCCUUUGUAUGGACGAGGGGGUGACAAUAGCCAGGAGAAAGAUAAAACCGGUGAUGUGCCUAGGAGACCGGUUUACAAGCUCGAGAUGGCGAAUUCAAGUACUGAUCUCCGGUUAUCUCAACGGGUUCAUUUCGAUAACCGGCAUGGUGGUUACUACCCUGUCUCAGGGGUGAUGAGUUCCAACAGUUUGUCGUACUCUCCUGUUAUGGAUCCGAUGAUGGUGAUGGUUGGAGAAAUGGUAGCUACGAGGCUGUUUGGAACACGGGUGAUGGAUAGAUUCACGUACCCGGACACUUACAAUCUCGCGGGGACUAGCGGGCCGAGGAUGAGGAGGCAGAUCAUGCAGGCUGAUAAAUCGCUGGGGAGGAUCUCCCUCUUUUUAAUAUGUUGUGUGUUUCUGUGUCUUCUACUGUUUUAGAGUUCUUCUCCUCACUAGCUUUGUCCUAAUGUUCACUUUUUAAAAAAGUGUGAGGAAACGUAGACAAAGAGAUGUACAUUUGUGUUGGUAGAAAUGGAUUCAAGUUGCUUAA